AUGACCCAGGCAGCAGAGGUGUGGCACACACAGGCCACGCCCCCCAAGGAGCACGAAGACGCUGCGGAGAGACCCGAGUGCAGCAUCUGCUUCAGCACCUAUGACAAUGUUUUCAAAACGCCAAAGCUGCUGGACUGUACCCACACCCUGUGCUUAGAGUGCAUGUCCCGCCUCAUGGCCCAGUCUCCAAGCAGAGAACAUGGCCAGAUUCCCUGCCCCUUCUGCCGACAUGCUACUUCCAUACCAGAUAGGGGCCCACCAGCUCUGGCUACGAGCCAGGAGGUCCUGGACAAGCUGCCAGCCCACCAGCAGCAGGAAGAGCUUGUAUGGCUGGAAGGUAAGAAGCUCUGCUACUACAGGCCACCCAACACUGGACAUACUGUCAGCUGCAUCUGUAUUGACAUUGGCGCUAAUAAGCCAGAACAGGAGCAGGAACAAUCUCCAGGCUCGAUGCAGAAUGGGCUUCCAUAUCCACUGAGGCUGCACAAACACUGGAAGCGGUUGGUGCUUCUUAUCUUGCUGAUAAUGGUAGUGCUGUGCAUUGUCCUGUGGCCAAUGCACUGCAUGCUGUUCACUGGCUCGCUGAGCUGCAUAGCUGAGGAUGAAUCCCCAUUCUAUGACCCUACCACAAUACCUCCAAUUACGUACAUCCUUCGGAAAACACAUAGACCCGACUGA